UGCAGAGGGGAAGGGGGCCGGACUUCACCCCCAGCUGAAGCUCAUCUCUAACAUGAGUGUCGCUCAUUGCCGUUGGCUUUUAACGUAAUUGAUCAUCAAAUCGGAUCGCAGAAAGAAGAACAAGCGCCGCGUAAACUCUCCCUUUAAAUUUUUUGCUUCUUCUCACUUUUUCUUUCUUGAUUGAAUUUUAACCCAAAAAGAGCUUAAUGUGAGCAAAGGGGGGGAAUUAGAGCGCUUCUUUUUCCCUUCUCUCACCCUCACAGUGCACCUAUCCACUAAAUCACCUUUAGUUUUUUUCCCCUCCUUUAUUUUGUGGUACUUCCUUGGAUACUUCGGCUAAAGCACGGCUUCACUUUAGCACCCUUUCCUGAAGUCUCACCAAACGGCACCAAGAUUUCUUCUGCAACUUUAAGGCACUACAGGGGGAAAUCCACCAACGGGGGAAAAACGCAAAACUUCAUUUUUUUUUCUUAUAUAAAGAGGCGUUAAAGUUACACAAUGAGUCUCAAAUCUGAUUCUGAGCCGAGCAACAACGUGUCAAUAGAAGAGGAGGUACGGACUCUCUUUGUCAGCGGUCUUCCAGUUGACAUCAAACCACGGGAACUCUACCUUUUGUUCAGGCCAUUCAAGGGUUAUGAAGGUUCACUGAUCAAGUUGACGUCAAAGCAGCCUGUUGGGUUUGUUACAUUUGACAGCCGAUCUGGUGCAGAAGCCGCAAAGAAUGCAUUAAAUGGUAUUCGCUUUGACCCAGAGAGCCCGCAGACCCUUCGGUUAGAGUUUGCCAAGGCCAACACGAAGAUGGCAAAGAGCAAGCUCAUGGCCACCCCAAACCCCACCAAUGUCCACCCAGCUCUAGGAGCUCACUUCAUUGCACGGGACCCAUAUGACCUGACGGGGGCUGCGUUGAUCCCUGCGUCCCCGGAAGCUUGGGGCCCCUACCCACUGUAUACCACGGAACUGACACCCGGCCUCCCACAUGCCGCCUUCACCUACCCUGCUGCUGCUGCCGCCGCCGCUGCCCUGCAUGCCCAGAUGCGCUGGUACCCGUCCCACUCAGAGGCUUCCCAGCCAGGGUGGAAGUCCCGUCAGUUUUGUUAACUUAGUACCAUUCAGUAUCUGAAGUCCCUCAUGGAGUGAGGUAUGAAGCUCUACUUUAAUCUAAUUUAAUCAAGUAUAUUUAAUGGACAGAGGUGCAUUAUGGACUCCUUCGGAAACCCUGAAGGACUUUGGACCGAAUACAUCUUGUGGACUGCGAGGCCGAGGGGGGGUGGGGAGGAGUGUGGGGUAUCUCCUAAUGCGGUACAGUCCUUGCACUUCAAAACCAUGUGCAAGCAAAGUCGCUACAGAAAUGGGCCUUUUUUUUUUUUUUU